GCAACUACAAAUGCCAGCCAAUAGGUACGAAAACCAGUCAGGAGCAGGAACACUACUACUAUCGAAACGCGCCAUGGGCAUCGAUUUCGAUGUGAUUGAUUACAUCAAAACGCUGAAAAAGGACAAUGGUCCGUACAAAUGUCCGUUGUGUGACAAAACGUACAAAUCCGGGAUUGGGUUGCAGUACCAUCUGACUACCUAUGACCACGAAAACCCGUCUCCGGCCGUACCAGCAUCGGUGGCGACUCCCAUCAAACAGAAGGGGCGCAAGCUGAAGGUGGGAGUAACGCCGAAGAAUCAGAUCGCUUCCAGUCCACCGAAGGAAGGGAUUACGUAUCUCGAGUCGGAACAUCUGGUACGGCUCGAUUGCAAUGGCAAGACGGUGAAAAUCCCUGUGCUUGACGCACUGCCCGUAAUGUCGCUGGAGGAGUACGAAAGCAAGUGCAAAACGGCGUCGGAUUUCGAAGCGUUUGCCGUGACACCACCGGAAGAGCCGGAAGUGCAGCUGCCGGAAGGGAAGUUUAAGGAGAUCGAAGAUUACACUAUCUGUGAUGCACCAGCACGUCCAAACGCGUAUAUCCGUUUCAUUGAAAAGUCGAGCGAAGAGCUAGACGGUGAGGUGGAGUACGAUGUUGACGAGGAGGACACGACCUGGUUGAGCAUUAUAAAUGAGCGCCGGGCGGCGCAGAAUGUUGGACCGGUGCCAGUGGAUUCGCUCGAACUGCUGAUGGAUCGGUUGGAGAAGGAAUCCUUCUUUCAGGCCGCCGCUAAUGGACAAAACGGAGCCGUGGUAGAUGAUGAUGCGGUGUGUUGUAUCUGUAUGGACGGGGAGUGUCAAAAUACCAACGUGAUUCUGUUCUGCGACAUGUGCAAUCUGGCCGUACAUCAGGAUUGCUACGGUGUGCCAUACAUUCCCGAGGGUCAGUGGCUUUGUCGAAGGUGUUUGCAGAGUCCGAGCCGUCCGGUGGACUGUGUGCUGUGUCCCAACACUGGCGGUGCAUUCAAGCAGACCGACCAUGGCCAGUGGGCUCACGUGGUGUGUGCAUUGUGGAUACCCGAGGUUCGGUUCGCCAACACCGUGUUUCUGGAACCGAUCGAUUCGAUCGAAACCAUCCCAGCAGCCCGCUGGCGCUUGACGUGCUACAUCUGCAAGCAGAAGGGCAAUGGAGCUUGCAUUCAGUGUAACAAAACGUACUGUUAUGCGGCAUUUCACGUGACCUGUGCACAGCAGGCGGGUUUGUGCAUGCGCAUGGAUACGGUGAAGGGCACGGAUAGCAACCCGGUGGUGGUACAGAAGAUGGCCUACUGCGAUGCACACACACCGCUGAACGCACUGCAGACAACACCGGGCAACUCGCCCGAGGGUGGUCCACCAACGGACGCACGGGAAGUGACGCGGGAAAAGAUGAAAAAAGCCCGGAAGCUGCUUGCGCUGAAGCGGACCAGUGCACCGGUUAUUCUCAUACCGACGAUACCGCAGAACCGAAUCGAGGAAAUCUCGUCGCUGGUAAACAUUCCGAAGAAGCAACAAUUCAUACAGCGUCUCAUUGCCUACUGGACGCUCAAGCGUCAGUACCGGAAUGGUGUUCCUUUGCUGCGUCGACUGCAGUCACAGGGACAAGCGCAGGGAACGGGCAUUCCCGGAUGUCGCGAUCGAACCGACGGAUCGCCGGACGCUCAGGAACUCUAUCAGCAGCUCAAGUAUUGGCAGUGUCUCCGGCAGGAUCUGGAACGGUCGCGGUUGCUCUGUGAGUUGGUGCGCAAGCGCGAGAAGAUUAAGCUCAUUUUGAUCAAAACAACCGAACAGCUCGUGAUGGCCACGCUGAAUCCCAUCGAGAGUGUUUUGCAUCGCAUACUGGACCAGCUGGAGGCGAAGGACGAUAAGGAGAUUUUCCGUGAACCGGUCGACACGGAGGAGGUACCGGACUAUAUGGACAUUGUGAAGCAUCCGAUGGAUCUGGGCACAAUGAGACAGAAGCUUAAACGCGGCAUGUACGUUCGGAUUGAAGAUCUGGAGCAAGACUUUGCGCUGAUGAUACGGAACUGUUUGGCUUACAACAAUAAGGACACCAUGUUUUACCGGGCGGGUGUACGGAUGCGAGAUGCCGGUGCGAUCGUGUUUCGAACGGUUCGUAAAGAGCUCGAACGAGCUGGCCAUUUCCAACAGCCACCACCGGUUGUUGCGUCUUUGCCUUCCAGUGCUAGUACACCGGUCGCUUCUGCUGCUGCUCCUAGUAGUAGUAGCAGUGCCCGAGCGAUUGGUUCCAACGAGGACAACAUUGCGAUGGACAUUGAGAAUGAGCUUACGAAGAUUACCGGACAGUCGGCAAACGCAGAUCACAUCGGCAAACUGCAGACGUUGCUGAGCAAAGCGAACGGUAUCCGUCAUGCGCUUACGCGCUCAAAGCGCAUCAAACAGAUACGCAAUGAGAUUGCGCGUGUGAAGCGUGCGAUCAGCAAAGAUCCGGAGCGUGCCUUGCUAAACGAUCGCAGUAUGUCAUCGGAAUUAAUGGGAACGGGAGCAAGUCUUUCGUCGCUCGGUGGAGCAGGUGGAUCAUUGUCUCUUGCCGGUUCUUUACAUUCACCGAAAAAGCAUUUGACCCAUGGUCAUCCGGAGCCUUCCACUAGCGGUUUAGUAGGAAGCAGUCUAUCGGCCAUCCAGAAACAUCACCAAAUCACGCCGGAAGCAAGUCCCCACAAAGUGCUUAACAACAGUCCUUCUCCAUCGGGCGUUAAUCGACGAACGGCGGUUCUAUUCACACGAAAAGCUCAAGCGGCCUUGAAGAAGCCGGAAACACCGCUGAAACCGGAUGGAACAGGUGUCGGAACAGGCGCUGGUAGUAGUGGGGCAGGUGGUGGUGGCGGUGCUGGUGGUACAGGUGGUGGCCCAAGCGCAAGCGCAACGGUAACUCCAAUGACAACGACGGAACUGCUUCAGAAGACGGCCAAGAAGAUCAAUCGUGGCAAGCGGAUCGGUAAAAGUGGGAAAAGCAUUGAAUCGUUCCUGGAGGCAACGUCCGCUUCGGCACUGGACGGUAAACCGAUCGAGCGGAAAUCAUUGGAAACCAUUCCGGACAGUUUUCGGGUGUACCGGGGCCAGCAGGAUCGAGAAAUUAGUGACUCGGAGAGCAAUCUCAGCCUUACCGGUAGUACCUGCAGCAGUUGCAGUGGAUUUAGUGGCAGUGGAACGGAAUCGGAGUUUGGCUCAAGCAAUGACGAUUCAUACUGCGACUCAGAGAUGUCCUCCAACAGCGAACAGGAUGUUGAAUCCUUCCCAGAAAAACCAGCCCUCGAACCAUUGAAGCUUGUGUGGGCCAAAUGUCGCGGCUAUCCGUGGUAUCCAGCGCUGAUAAUCGAUCCAAACAUUCCAAAAGGCUUCGUACACAAUGGUGUCCCAUUGCCGGCUCCCCCGGCGGACGUACUGGCCCUCCGCAGCAACUAUGACGAGCCCGUCUUUUUGGUGUUGUUUUUCGACGUCAAGCGCACGUGGCAAUGGUUGCCGGUUGGCAAGCUGGAACUGCUCGGUGUUGAUAAGGAACUGGACCAGAGCAAACUGAUCGAGUCACGAAAGCCGACCGAACGGAAGGCGGUGAACAAGGCGUACCAGGAAGCGCUCCACUAUCAUAGCCAGGUUUCGAGUGCGGAUGGACCGGCCGGGAAGUUAUGAUGCUAUGGGAGUGGGUUGACGGAAGCAGGAUUUGUUACGUCACAGGGAGACCAUUCGGAAGAGCAGGAAGAGGAUGAAAGGGAAGAAGAGGAGGA